AUGACUGCAGCUUCCCAUGACCUCGGCCCAUCCAAGAGGAUCAAGCCCAUGAACAUCAGGUCGCCAGCUCUGCCCGCGCGCGUGAGGGACCCAUGGGCGGACACCCGGUCCCCACUCACCCCUGGCUGCCGCCUCUGUGCGGGUCCCCAGGGCCACGGCGCUGGCAGCUGUGCCUGUGUUGCCUGUCCUUGCCAGACUGCCUGGCUCCCGCCGAGCCUCGAAAGUGGACGGUAUUGCUCUGCGCCUUUGCUCCUCUCUUCGGGUGUGCGAGCUCUCCCCACACCUCCUGGGUGCCCGCAAGAUGGUCACACGCUAGGCGUCAGACUAUUUACUAACGUGGGGAAGAAGGGUGCAAAAAGAUGCCCCUAUUUGGCACCCGGGGCGUCGCUCUCGAAGGCAUCCCCCACAACGUCUUCAAGUCAAGGGUGGGCAGGCCCGGCUGGCGAACUGAAAGAGGAAAAGGAGGGCGAGGAGGGGCGCGACGCCCGCCCGCGGAGCCUGGCUGCAGAGGCCGCGGAGGCUAGACGCCGAGCGUCCCUUUCGUCCUGUAGAGGGAGCUCCAGCCCCAAAUUUCCCGGUUCCCUCCCCUGGUCCGCCUACCCCAGCCAGCAUCCAGCUCGGAUCCCGGCUGCGAAGGUGCAGCCGGACGUUAGGAAUCCGGCGCAGAGACCUCACAGAGCUGCCCCUUCCAGGGCAGGCGGGCACACGGGGAUGACCCACCUGAGGCCGCCAGGAUCUGUCCCCCACCCGGUGGAUCGGCUUCCCCGCCCCCUCCUCGUCCAUCUUUGGAGAUGCAUAUGUCGUCUUAUUGGAUGCUGAGGCCAGAGCUGGGUGAUGGGGCUCUCCAGCGUCGUGCAUUUUCUUCAUGCAUAUUGAGGAUAUGGUAAUGAGCGCGUUUGCAUUGUUGCAUGGAAAUGCUGCGUUUCCUGCAGCACUUUGGAGCGGGGGAGGGUGGUAGGGGCCCAAGACAACCCCGAAGUGGGUGCAGGGCUCCAGCAGUCACCCCUCAAGGGACGCGCAGGUUCUAGGAUUCUGGGGAGGAAAUGACCUCGCCUAGCGCCAGACCUGCCUUGCCUUCCCCGCUUUUCCACAAAGACCGGUUGCACUCGUCUCAUUAGAGCCUGGUUAUGGAAACCUCAGCCUUGCUUGCUCGUCCAAGUUCCUCAGUGCCUCCUACCCACCGGCCUCCUACGCCCUCCCCUGAUGUUUAGAGGCCUGAGAUGGGGCGCCACCAGGAAAUUAGGGCCUGACGACGUCGUCGAAUGGCUAUAAAUUGUUCGAGAUUCCCAGCCACAGGUCUCGGGAUCAAACACGGCCGCAUUGUGUACCCUGCCCCACUGGUUCCUCAUUAAUCUUGGAGGGUGCACUGGUAUCGCUUGGCCUAGGAAGGCUGCAGUCAGGUCCUUGGGCAGUCAGUCAGGAGCCCACUGGCUUCUGGUUUCGCAGGAAGGGCAGAGUUGCCUGGAUCAGGGGAGAGUGGAGGUUCCUCGCUGAGGUCAGAGGAUCUCAGAAGACACGGCCCAGACUGCCUUGCAGAAAAGAUGAAGGCCUGUGAAUGUCAGGGGGCGAACUCUGAGUUAACUUCCAAGGAACCACCGUGAAAGAGCCUGGAGCCCAGGUUGUGGACACAGCUGAGCAGAAGACCUCUGGACCGACCAACAUUUGCAUGAAUCCCCUUCUUCUUUUCCUACUGAUAGAUUUGGGAAGCCCAGAACUUCUGGUUCUCAAGCAGAAUGUAAAGAUUUGGUCCUGUGGAGAACUGUCCCAGGUCAAGCUUCCCAAACAUCCAGCCUUCUACUCCCACUUUUACUAUUAUUGAUUUAAGCAUCUCCCUUAAAUUGUCAUUUUGAACACGCAAGUACAUGUUUUUAGAAAGAAAACUUGGUACUCCUGCUACUACUGUGACCGUAAAUUGACAAGUAGCUGUUGCCACGGAAGGAAAUUCUGAAAGAUAAGUAGCUAAAAUCAAGCACUGUUCAUACCCAUGCCUGCCUGGGAAAGAUUGCUAGAGGUUCAAGUACAUGCACGUGUCAUUAACAAGUGCUGGAGGUGCUAAAUAACGAACCUCGGAGGAAAAGGAUGCUUUGUCCCACUCAGAGUUAAUUUAAUUCUCUGUCCUCACACUUCCAAAAAUCAUUUGUGAACCCCAAGAACUGCUGUAGGAUUUUUCCAUGACAUUCUCUGUUGUAAAAAAUUUUAGACGAAAAUAUAACAUGUUGAAUAACUAGUAUUACUGA